UGCACACCUCGAGCUUUGUUUUUCACCUGUGUGCUUCUUGUUGCUGUUGCUGCUGCCGCUGCCUGCCACUCAUCACGGCCCAUCACCGCCAAUCCUCCAUCGCCCUUCCAUCCGACAUCGGCCUACCUCGCUCCAUCUUCGCUCCAUCUCCGUUCCAAACUUCGCUUACCAAAUCGCUCGACUUCUUUGACUAGACUUUCCUUCCACAAUGGCCAUGUGGCUCCGCGCAGUGUCUGUAGUGGCACGUCGAAGCAGCAACUAUGCCCGAGUCCUGUCGGGAAGCCCAGCUGCUGCUCCGGCUCCGACCCGCAUUUUCCCCGCUCUUACUCGACAGUUCUCUCAAGUCGGCCAUGGCAGUGGCGGUCGCGACGGCGGUGUGAACAUCCGUGGCCCUCCCGAAGCGUUGCCUUACAAUGUGCGAGGAUUGAACCACAUCGCCAUUGCUGUUCCCGAUCUUCCUGCCGCCUCGGAGUUCUACCGGACCACAUUCGGCGCGCAGGUCUCCGAGCCCCAUGAUCUGCCCGAGCAUGGAGUGCGCGUGGUGAUUGCUCAAGUGAGCAACUGUACAGUGGAGCUCCUGCACCCGCUCGGAGAGAAGAGCCCCAUCGCCAAGUUCCUCGAGAAGAACCCUAGGGGAGGAAUGCACCACCUCUGCUUCACUGUUGAUGACAUCGGUGCUGCCUCCAAGCAUGUGUCCACGGAGGGGAUUCGCGUACUGGGAGACGGCAACCCAAAGAUCGGUGCUCAUGGAAACCCAGUCCUGUUCCUGGAUCCACGUGACAACCUUGGUGUGCUCUGCGAGUUCGAGCAGGUCUCUUGUGCUGAGCCGCACAAGGCAUGAGCACGAAGGCAUUACUAAUAGCAGCAGCUGUAUUGUGCACGGGGCUGUAUUAGUGCCAACCGUAUUCGCCUAGAUGGCUGGAUCAGGAGCUCUUGUUACUGAUUGUAACUGCUCAAUGAAUGCCAUUCACUGUAGCUCUGGCGAACAUAAUGGGGUGGUAGAAUUAAUCAGUGAUAUGCCC